AUGGGAAAAACGCAAAUAUGGGAAAAACGCAAAUAUGGGAAAACGCAAAUAUGGGAAAAACGCAAAUUUGGGAAAAACGCAAAAAAGGGAAAAACGCAAAUAUGGCAAGAAUGCAAAUACGGCAAGAACGCAAAUAUGGCAAGAAUUCAAAUGUGGCAAGAAUGCAAAUAUGGCAUAAACGCAAAUAUGGCAAGAACACAAAUAUGGCAAGAAUGUAAAUAUGGCAAGAAUGCAAAUAUGGCAAGAACGCAAAUAUGGCAAGAACGCAAAUAUGGCAAAAACGCAAAUAUGGCAGAAACGCAAAUAUGGCAGAAACGCAAAUACGGCACAAAUGCAAAUAUGGCAGAAACGCAAAUAUGGCAGAAACGCAAAUAUGGCAGAAACGCAAAUAUGGCAGAAACGCAAAUGUGGGAAAAACACAAAUAUUGCAAAACCGCAAAUACAGCAAAAACGCAAAUAUGGCAAAAACGCAAAUAUGGCAAAAACGCAAAUAUGAGAAAAUCGCAAAUAUGGGAAAAUCGCAAAUAUGGGGAAAACGUAAAAAUAGCAAAAACGCAAAAAUGGCAAAAACGCAAUUAUGGCAAAAACGCAAAUAUGGCAAAAACGCAAAUAUGGCAAAAACGCAAAUAUGGCAAAAACGGAAAUAUGGCAAAAACGCAAUAA